GUGCGGCUACAGCCCCAUUUCAUUAAUUCAAUGUAAAAAAAAAACACCAAACAAGAUGCUAGUCCAAGGUUUAAUCUGAUCAGUGUAGUAAUUGGAUAAACCCUUGUAAUAAUCAUGCUACCGAAAUCAUGAUGGUGCUAUUAUUCUUACUGUAAAAAGUGUAAUGGAAAUUCCAAGACAAGAAAAAAGAUGGGUUUAGCUUGGAUUGCAAGGGAUACUGUCUUCAUUUAGUCAAAGAGUAACAGAUGCUGAUGAUAAUAUGAGUCACUUUUUUUAUUCCUAUCUUUGAAGAAUUUUUAUUCUAUGACUGGUAAUUAGAAUGAAAAAAAAAAGAAAAAAAGCAACAAUUUAAAACAAAAAAUAGCGUAAAUAUCAGGGUUAGAUAGUCCUUCCUUGAGUCUCACCAUCAGCGACCUUUUACUUUGUCUGUUUCAUAACUGAGCAGUACAGGUAUCUAACCACUUCUUGCAGCUGCCAAUCCCCGCGCUUCUCUCUCUGUCUUUCUCUUUCCCUCCUUAUGGGUACUUCUGCUUGGUUAGUUUGGUCAUCGUUUCUUCUCCAAAAAUUGGCAGCAUGAUAUUCUUAGGUUUGUAGUCCUUGAAAAAGAUAUCAGCACAUUUGCUGUGAUUAUCUCUUGGUUGCUUGCUUUGAUGUGGUUUCUUUUACCGUACCUGGUCUUGCUCUUCUUGUUUUCUGUUAAUAUUUCAUGUUUUGUACGGAAAAGGUCAAUUGUGCUAUAAACAUUUGUGUAUCCAGUUGACGAGAUAAAAAUAUAUUGAAAAAAGGUUUCUGGCUAUAAUCAUGAAUACUACUUUACCUGUUCCCCUGAAAGAUCAGAAAGAAAAAGCAAAUUUCCUUCUUGAGAUUGCUAGCACGGAAAAGCAGUUGUGGGCAUUAAUCCACUCCAAAGGUUUAUUGCACUCUGAUGUUCGGGACUUAUACCAUAAAGUCAGUUUAAGUUACGAGAGUUUCAUUUUGAAUGAUCAUGAACUGACAGAACUUCAAGAUGUUGAAUAUUCACUGUGGAAGCUACACUAUAAGCACAUUGAUGAGUUUCGUAACAGAAUAAAAAGAAGCUCUGCUAAUUCAGAAAGUACAGCAUCUGCAAUGGCCUGUAGUGGUUCUGAUGACAAACAUAUAGAAGGGUUUAAGUCAAUUCUUCUAAAAGCUACUGAAUUUUACAAAAAAUUAGUUGUGAAAAUCAGGAGUCAUUAUGGACUUCCAGAAGAAUCUUCCUUGUUUAAAAGGGGUGGCGUUACUGCUUCUGUUGAACCAACAAAAUUGCAGAAAUGUCACUUUUUAUGUCAUCGCUUUUUAGUUUGUCUUGGGGAUGUUGCUAGAUAUAUGGAGCAAUUUGAAAAAUCUAAUGUACAGAAGCAUAACUGGUCAGUUGCAGCUACCUACUACUUGGAAGCUGCAAUAAUUUGGCCAGAUAGCGGAAACCCCCAAAAUCAGUUGGCAGUAUUGGCAACAUAUGUGGGGGAUGAGUUUCUUGCUCUAUACCACUGUGUAAGAAGUUUAGCUGUAAAAGAACCUUUCCCUGAUGCCUGGAACAACCUCAUUUUACUAUUUGAAAGGAACAGGUCAUGUCAUUUGCAUUCUCUUUCAAGUGCAGCCCGCUUUGAUUUCUUAAAACCAUCUGAAAGAAGUGAUACCCAACUCAAAUCACAAUCAAGUAGUAAUAUUUCAGAUUGCUGUCCGUUGAAGGGUGAACAUGAUCACUCUGCAGAAAAAAAUUUCUGGCCACUUCUUAUCAGAACACUAAGUUUCUUCUUCUUAAAAUCCAGUUUGGAGGAUUUCCCUUGUGCUUUUGCAUCUACCAUGGGGGUGUUGGAUAUGAUGAUAGCUUUAGAUGAUAUAAAACUAAGAGCCCUGUUGGAGCCCUAUCAGCUUAUGGAUUCGGCUAGAACAGGCCCUUUCCGUGCCCUUCAAGCUGUUUCCGUUUUCAUCUUUGUCUUCCAUAAUCUAAUUAAUAGCCCAGAAAUUAAAGGGUCAAAAGAUGGAAAGCAUAAGCAACCUGUUGAGUUGAUACAAUUGGGAUUGACUGCUACAUUCAUUUUCAUGGGACGUCUUGUUUAUAGAUGUUUGCAGGCAAAUCUUUUAGACACUUGUCCCCUUCUACCCACAAUACUUGUUUUUGUGGAGUGGCUGAUGAGCAUACUUGAUGAAGUUGAAGCAUAUGUGUUGGAUGACAAAACAAAAAGCUCUAUGUCUUAUUUUUUUGCUGCUUUUAUUGACCUCUUGAAGCAGUUAAAUGGUAGGGUUGAAGUCUUGUCCCAUGAAAGAACUGCACUGUGGGAAGACUAUGAGUUGAGGGGCUUUGCACCAUUAGCUCAAAUACAUGUUUCAUUAGAUUUCUCGACUAACUGGGAUCAGAUAGACAGUUAUGAAAGUGGGAUUGAAUACCGUAUUAAGCGUAUAAUCAAUGCUGCGAUGAAGAUUGCAAACAGAUCAAAUGGUUCCUAUAAAUGGAUCACUUAUGAUAGUUUGGGAAUGAAAUUCUAUGCGAAAGAUACGAAUGUUAUUCCCGAGAGACCAGAAUCAGGAAAGGUGGAGUCCACCAAUUCUGAUGUAUGUGUCAAAGGGCUGCAUCAACAUAUUUCUGAAGCCACAAAAGAAUGUGAAACACAGAUUGCAAAUGAAAAUCUAAGCAACCAUGCUGUGGAUGGGAAAUCUGUCGCCAUGGAAGAGGAAGAGGUUAUUCUCUUCGAGCCUCUUACAAGAUAUAAUUCAGCCCCGCUCAAUGUGAAAAUUAAUAAUGCAAAAGGCCCUGCAUCUCCAAAUGAAAGGGAGGAAACUGUCCCUUCUGAUGAAUGUUUGCGCCGUGCAACCUCCCUACUCAUAGCACAAAACCAAGCCCAUGGUGAUACUUCAUAUUUUCAUUCUGACAUCUCUAAUUACAGGUGCAGCAAGCCCUUCAUGCAGCAGGAGCCUUUAGUAAAAGAUACUACAGCAUUGUCAUUUUCAGAAGUUCCAAUCUCUGCUGGACCUCCCUCCCUUAGUGCCUGGGUUCUAAAUAGAGGAAUUUUAAGCAGUCCUGAAAAGGGGAGAAGUGAUGUUAGUAUACAGGGCUUGAGCCCUGUUGAGGAAAUAGCUACUUCAUCCCUGAGUGAUCUCUCCAUCCGUGAAAUUGAGUAUUCUGUCACUUCUUCAAGAUCUGAAGCUCCAACCAACCAUUACUCACCUCCAUAUUCAGCUCCUGCACCUUCUGCCCCUUUAUUGCCUUAUGACGCGGCUUGGUUUAAUAGUACUCAAUCCAGUUUUUCUGAUGGUAAGGGCUCAGGGUAUGUUAAUAAACCGGAGAAUUUCUAUGAUGCAUCAAGGGUAAGUGGCUAUCACAAUUGGUCUCCUGAUGGCCAACUUAAUUAUGGUUCUUCCAUUCCAGGUUUCAUGGAUAAAUACCCUCCAUUUAGCGGGAUGACAUCUUCUGAAUGGCUUCGUCAAUACAGAGAAAAACGCAAUCUUGACCGGGCCAACAGUCAUAUGUGGCCUAUCAACUAUUAUGCUCCUGGGCAUCUCAGGAACUUUCCCACUCCUGAUGCUUCCGGUUUUGGUCUUUUUGAUCAACAUGGAGUUCCUUGUGUUUCAAAUCCAACAAUUUAUACAGAGAGUUCAAUAUUGCAUCCAGGAUUUCCCCUUGUGUAUGGCUUGGAGGAACCGAGAAGGGAGAAGCUGUUUCAUGGUUACCAAAGACCGAGCCCUUAUGGCUGUGGCGCUGUGACUGAAACUAGAGACCAGCAACAGCCACUCUUGUGGUAUCUGAAGGAGGAAGAAUGGCUACUCCAGCAGGAUCCAACCCUGAGAAAUCCCACUUACAUGGGAAAUUAAGAGUUGCAACUCAAACUGUUGAUAAAAGCUUUUCUUAAGGCUUCAAAGCUCUCGUUGGACCUUAAACGCAGCAUACAACAUUUACCCUAGGACUUAAAUGUCAGUUUAAACAAGUUGAUAAUUGUGCAUGCAUGUAUAUAUUUAAAGAAUUUGACAAUGUGUGUGUUUUAACCAGAUGUCUACAGGAGAGGGGUUCAAGUGUGAAGGAAUGUCCAGCUUGUCCACAAGUGUUACAGAUCAUUUAGAAUGAUUUUAUAAUAAUAUAAUGCUCUCUUCUUACUGGCUAGAAAUGUUUUCUUCUC